AAGAGGAAGGAGGUCAAGAGGUUGCUUCGUUGCUUUUCUUCCUUGCUCUCCUCCGUAUCAGAUCUUCUCUCUCCCUCUCUCUCUCCGGGAAGAGUCGCAGGGAGGGAGAUAGAGGAGAAGCUCCCGAUUUUUCAGCCUAAUUUUAGUAUUAUUAUUUAAAAUUUCCUCCCCCACCUCGAGUCUCUCUCUCUCCAAAUCUGGGCAGCUCGCGGCACUGCGUUUAGGGCAUCAGCAUGAACGAGAAGGCCUCUGUCUCGAAAGAACUCAAUACCAAACACAAGAAGAUUCUGGAGGGACUUCUUAAAUUGCCAGAGAACAGGGAAUGUGCUGACUGCAAAGCCAAAGGUCCAAGAUGGGCAAGUGUGAAUUUGGGAAUCUUUAUAUGCAUGCAGUGUUCUGGAAUCCAUAGAAGUUUGGGGGUCCAUAUAUCAAAGGUAAGGUCUGCUACACUGGACACAUGGCUUCCGGAGCAGAUUGCAUUUAUUCAAUCAAUGGGAAAUGAAAAGUCAAAUAGCUACUGGGAAGCAGAACUGCCUCCGAACUAUGACAGAGUUGGAAUUGAAAAUUUUAUUCGUGCAAAAUAUGAAGAUAAAAGAUGGAUACCUAGGAAUGGAACGUUAAAAUCUUCAAAUGCACGAGAAGAGAAGGUUCUUGAAUCUCAGCAGAAACAUUGUGAUAGAGGUUGCCGUGUGUUCACGAACAAUGUGAGAUCUUCAGAAGAGCAGCAUAACCUUCCACCACCAGUUGCAAAGAGAAAUGCUUCAGUGGCUUCUAAAGUACCCACCCAGGUUUCUUCUGAGCCAAAAGCAGAGUCAGAUAUGCCCAAGGCUGAUUCGUCUCAACACCUGAAGACAGCUGUUGCCAAAGUUGAUGCCCCAACCCCAGCUAAAGUUGAUGCCUCGACACCUAAAGAUGAUACUACGCCUGCACCACCUCCAAAAGUUGAUUAUGUGACUGAUCUUGUUAAUAUGCUUUCUGUGGAGACCCGGAGUGAAAAUGGCUCAGAAUCAUAUGCCAAGGAUGAUAAUGCAUGGGCGAAUUUCCAGGCUGCACAGACAACUGCUGCAGACAAAAACAGUACUGCAAAACCAGCUGUAAAUAAAAACCUUCCUGCAUCAGGAAUUGAAGACUUAUUUAGAGAUUCACCACCUGUGAUGCUAUCUUCAACUCCAAUGAAACCCCAGGGAACUGUCAAAAAUGAUAUUAUGGGUCUCUUUGAAAAGUCCAAUAUGGUGUCACCAUAUUCCAUUCAUCAACAGCAGCUCUCAUUCCUAUCCCAGCAGCAGGCUCUUCUCAUGGCUGCAGCUAAAUCUGGCCAUAUGCCUACAACAUUUUCUGGAACCAAUCAACCAGCUGUUAUGGGUACCCUGCCUAAUGGAAAUUUUCAAAUGCAAAACGGGCCAAAUAUCAGUUAUCAGAUUUCAGGAAUGAUGCCACCAGCUGGUCAGAAGGGUGUCAACAACUUCAGUCAAAUAGGAAGCCUUGGGCAGGCACGUCCUUCUGGGAAUUACGGUUCUUUUCCAACAUCCGGAAUGUACAAUAUGGGCUCAACAGCAUCCAUCAACGGUGUAGCCAUCGGUGGAGCAAGUAGGCCUGCUGCUUCUUCUGUCCCUUUUGCGACCCCCAGUCGAUCAGGCAGCGACUAUGAUUUCUCAUCGUUAACUCAAGGGAUGUUCUCCAGACAUUGAACCCUUUUCUCCAGACACACCAGGGCAGAUGCCGGCUUCAUCUUCCCAUGAUAGCAUUACAGUUCAAACUUCAAAGGAAAGAAAAUUUACCAUUUGUGGUUCUAUUUACACGUUGGGUCUGUCAGUUACUUGUAGAGGCAAUUUGGUGUCACAUUACUGACUUCAUUUGUAUCUGUAGCUGUCCUGGAUUAAUAAAGCUUGGCCUAAUUCGCUGGUAUUAUUUCUUUUAGAGAUUAUAUGGAUGGGAGUCCCUCAUAUUUGGGAGA